AAAGCACGUCUGCCACCCAAAAGAGAACCCUUGUGAGCUCCCAAUCGCAUCCUUCCCUUCUCCCCCUCUCGCCGCCGCCGCCGCCGCCGCAGAGGGAGACACAGCUCCUACAGUGUCCUACCAAGCGCGUUGUGCGCGCGCGCGCGAGAGAGAGAGAGCCGUAGACACCGAUGGUGAACCAGCGGCAACGGCUGGCGCGAAAGCGCUUCCGCGAGGCGAACCCGGACCUCUGCCCUCCCAAGCCCGCCCCUCCCGCCGACGGCACCAAAAAGAAGAGAACGAAGAACAAGAAGAGCAUGUUCAAGAAUGCCAAGAAGGGAGGCGGCGGCGGGAGGUCGAAGCACCCGCUGCGGGUUCCCGGGAUGCGGCCCGGAGAGCGCUGCUUCAUCUGCAAGUCCACCGACCACGUCGCAAAGGCCUGCCCCGAGAAGGCCCUCUGGGACAAGAACAAGAUUUGCUUGCUCUGCAGGGAGCGGGGGCAUAGUCUGAAGAACUGCCCUGAGAAAAGUGAGGGGAAUUUGAAGAAAUUUUGCUACAACUGUGGUGAAUCUGGUCAUUCUCUUUCCAAGUGCCCCAAGCCCAUUGAAAAUGGGGGCACAAAGUUUGCAAGCUGUUUUGUUUGCAAACAGCAAGGACAUUUGAGCAAGAAUUGUCCUGAAAACAAACAUGGAAUAUAUCCAAAGGGUGGCUGUUGUAAGAUAUGCGGUGAAGUUGCGCACUUGGCCAAGAAUUGUCCAAAUAAAGGGAAACAGGAUUUGUUAUCCUCCAGAGAUGAUGCUGUCAAUAUGGAAGAACACUAUCCGGAAGGCCGUCCUGUUCUUUACGGUGGAGAUGACCUUGCAGACGAUUUCGUUGAAGAAGAAGAACCAAAACCCACCAAAUCAAAAAAGGCAAAAUCAGGCACAGGGACAGGCAACGAUGAGAAGAAUGCUAACACAAAGGCAAAAGCUAAACAAGCAACAAAAGUUGUAAAAUUCUUUGGUUAAAGAAUGAAAAAUUUGUAGCUUCCGAUACAAAGGAUCCUUCUGAACAAGUUUUAUUGCGGAUCACGGCUAUGUAACUUGCAAGAGAAUUUGUCUGCCAACUACGCGCCGUUUGAAAAUUACCAGUUUGGUACCACUCUCUGCC